AUGGCGAAUCGCUGCCAGAUCAUCCACGUUGUGGUAUCUGUGUAUUUAUUUUACUGCGUUCAUGGUCAAGUGACAACCCGUGGGGCAUGUCCGACAGUAUCGGUAAAAACAGAUUUCGAGAUCGCUAAAUUUUUGGGUUUGUGGUACGAGAUAGAGAGAUUUCAAUCUGGCGUCCAAUCGGAUCUGAAAUGCAGCACAGUAACGUAUUGGUCGAAUAAGGAUGACGUAAUCGGCGUUACCAAUAAUGGCACUUUCACGAAAAAUGACAAACUCACGUCGACCGAAGGCUAUGCAUGGAUACCAGACCCGAAAGUUCCAGCUAAGUUGAAAAUUAAAUUUAAAUGGUGGGUACCCGCUACCAAUUAUUGGGUACUAAGGACAGACUACGACACGUACUCAGUGGUCUACUCGUGUAACGACUAUUUAUUCGGAUUCUUCAAAGUCGAAUCUGCGUGGGUUUUGAGCCGGGGUCGCAUCCUCAAUGAUGACACCCUCACGGAUAUCUGUAAUGAUCUAAACGACCGUGGUAUCGACAUCGGUAACUUUCAACCCACCGACCAAACUGGGUGCGAUGACACGCUGAAGUACAAACCCGUGGACUAG